CAAAAUGUCCGCUCCCUCUGCAACAAGGCCCUGGUCAUCAACGAUCUCAUCCUUGAUGAGAACGUUGAUAUCAUGGCCUUGACAGAAACGUGGCUCACCCCAGGCGACACCUUCCCCCUCACGGAGGCCACGCCACCCGGCUACACCUCCCACCACAUCCCCCGCCCCAACCGCCGUGGCGGUGGUGUUGCCCUUAUCUCAAGGACACCACUUGCCCUCUCCCCCUACUCCACUGGCUCUUUCCCCUCCUUCGAGCACCUCACCCUCUCCCACCCCUCAUUCCUCUCCCUUAAAAUCCUCCUCCUCUACCGGCCCCCUAAAACCUCUCCCACCUUCAUCUCUGACAUUUCAACACUCCUCACAUCUCUUUGCCUCUGCUCCGAUCGCCUCAUCAUCCUGGGCGACUUUAACCUACACUUCACCCCCUCCUGCUCCAUCUCCACAGACUUCUCUUCCCUGCUCUCCUCACUCAACCUUUCCCUACACAUAAACUCCCCCACUCACAGUCACGGCCACCCACUCGAUUUGGUGAUCACCCGGGGCCUCAGUGUCUCGGAUGUCUGCUCCCUUGACCCCAUCCCCACUCCACUCCUUAUCUCCCAGCUCCAUUUUCUUGCCCCACACAUCACUGACAUCAUAAACCUGUCCCUCUCCUCUGGCUCUGUCCCCAUUCCAUUAAAAACUGCCAUCAUCACGCCCACCCUGAAAAAACCCUCCCUUGAUGCGUCGCAGCUAUCAAGCUACCGGCCCAUCUCCAACCUCCCCUUUCUCUCCAAGGUCUUGGAAAGAGUUGUCGCCUCCCAACUGCGCUCUUUCCUCUCCACCCAUUCUCUUUUUGAACCCCUUCAGUCAGGUUUCCGUGCUGCUCAUAGCACAGAAACUGCCCUGGUCAAGGUCACCAAUGAUAUCCUGACCAUCUGUGACCAGGGCUCCCUCUGUCUCCUCGUCCUCCUCGACCUAUCGGCAGCAUUCGAUACGGUCGACCACGCUAUCCUACUCCACCGCUUGUCCUCCCACCUCAACCUUCAAGGCACUGUCCUUGAAUGGUUUAGGUCGUACCUUUCUCACCGUCUUCACUUCGUCUCAACGAAUGGCUUCUCCUCCACCCCCCGUACUGUCUCAUGUGGUGUCCCUCAGGGCUCUGUCCUCGGUCCCCUCCUCUUCACCCUCUAUAUGCUCCCCCUUGGUGACAUCAUCCGCAAACAUGGGGUUAACUUCCACAUGUAUGCGGAUGACACCCAACUCUACCUUUCCUCCUCUACUCUCAACUCCACGACCACCGAUGUCCACAGCUGCCUGUCCGACAUCGAGUCCUGGACGAGAGACAACUUUCUUCAGCUCAACGUGCAAAAAACCGAGGCCCUCCUGAUUGGCUCACGUCAGCGCCUCCGCACCUCAGGCGCUGACACCAUCAGCAUCCAAGGCUGCACUCUCCACCUCUCAAAGCCAGUCAGGAACCUCGGCGUUUUGUUCGACCCUGAGCUGUCCUUUCUCCCUCACAUCCGCACCACAACUGGCACCGCCUUCCAUCACCUCCGGAAUAUCGCCAGAUUACGGCACUACCUCACCCCUCACGCUGCUGAAACCCUGGUUCACGCCUUUGUCACCUCAAGGCUGGACUAUGGGAACUCUCUCCUCGCCGGCCUUCCCGCCACCUCCCUCCACAAGCUGCAGGUCAUUCAGAACUCUGCAGCUCGUGUACUGUCCCGCACCAGGCUUCGGGACCACAUCACUCCCACCCUCGCUCGCCUCCACUGGCUCCCCAUCCCCCAGAGGAUUGAUUUCAAGAUCCUCAUCCUCACCUACAAGGCCAUUCACGGCCUUGCUCCCUCCUACCUCUCCAACCUACUAUCCCCCUACCUACCUGCCCGUACCCUCCGUUCCUCUGGCUCCGGUCUGCUCCACGUCCCCCGCCCCAACCGCCCUACUAUCGGUGGUCGGGCCUUCAGCCUCUCAGCCCCGAGGCUCUGGAACUCCAUCCCCCAGUGCCUUCGCCUUGCUUCCUCCCUUUCCUCCUUCAAGGCCGGUCUCAAAACCUUUCUCUUUGACCGUUUAAUUCACUGGCGAUUUUCAUCCUCUCCCGAGGAAAGUGCGGACUGUCCAACUGUAUCACCCGCUACCUGGUGGCCAUGGCAGCGGCGGAUCUGUCAGUCAUUGUCUCCGAAGUAA